AGGAAAUGCAAUGCCCUCAGUGCGCCCACCUUUUGGCAAAGCCACUGCCGGCUGCGGGUUUCCCCUCCCCCGCCAGGCGAGCUCUGCGCGGCGGCUCCGCGGGCACACGCCUUCCCAUACCUUACAUGGACAAAUGCGUGCAGGCAAAGUCAGGAAUUCAGGCCCCUGACGUCAGCCUCCAGCGCUCAGGGCACCGCACGGGAGACCAAGGGGAGGGGGUGGGGACGGUGGGGAGGAAGGAGGGGGAAAGGCACCAACCAGCAGCCGCUCCAGCCCUGCCGAAGUUUCACUUUUUGUCUGUGGGUUCGUUCCCGGGUCCCGCGCGAGCUUUCCCGGGAUAAGUAGCUUUAGCGAUCGGGGGACAGCCGGGCGCUGCAAGGAAUUGAAGAGAAUCCUGACAAGUGGCAUGUUGGGAAAGGCCUGAAGGAAGCCAGACCAGCUUGCUCUCAGAGCUCCUUGGGUCCCCUGCGGCCCCCAGGUGAUCUUCAACAAGACCUGGUGGGAACUUUGAGGCUCAGAGACAGAGCAGAAGACAGAACCUGGUCAUCUGAUUCCCUGUGUUCUGCUUUUUUCAUUGUUCCACUGGACGCUCAUCAGAGGGAAGAUCUUUUUCCUCAAUUGAUACUAGCAUUGCAGUUGACUGAACCUUGUGUCAACCAUCCAUUCCAGGAGCCAGCUAUCUGAGAUUCCAACAAUGUCUCACCCAUCUUGGCUGCCACCCAAAAGCACUGGUGAGCCCCUCGGCCAUGUGCCUGCACGGAUGGAGACCACCCAUUCCUUUGGGAACCCCAGCAUUUCAGUGUCUACACAACAGCCACCCAAAAAGUUUGCCCCAGUAGUUGCUCCAAAACCUAAGUACAACCCAUACAAACAACCUGGAGGUGAGGGUGAUUUUCUUCCACCCCCACCUCCACCUCUAGAUGAUUCCAGUGCCCUUCCAUCUAUCUCUGGAAACUUUCCUCCUCCACCGCCUCUUGAUGAAGAGGCUUUCAAAGUACAGGGGAAUCCCGGAGGCAAGACACUUGAGGAGAGGCGCUCCAGCCUGGAUGCUGAGAUUGACUCCUUGACCAGCAUCUUGGCUGACCUUGAGUGCAGCUCCCCCUAUAAGCCUCGGCCUCCACAGAGCUCCACUGGUUCAACAGCCUCUCCUCCAGUUUCGACCCCAGUCACAGGACACAAGAGAAUGGUCAUCCCAAACCAACCCCCUCUAACAGCAACCAAAAAGUCUACAUUGAAACCACAGCCUGCACCCCAGGCUGGACCCAUCCCUGUGGCUCCAAUCGGAACACUCAAACCCCAGCCUCAGCCAGUCCCAGCCUCCUACACCACGGCCUCCACUUCUUCAAGGCCUACCUUUAAUGUGCAGGUGAAGUCAGCCCAGCCCAGCCCUCAUUAUAUGGCUGCCCCUUCAUCAGGACAAAUUUAUGGCUCAGGGCCCCAGGGCUAUAACACUCAGCCAGUUCCUGUCUCUGGGCAGUGUCCACCUCCUUCAACACGGGGAGGCAUGGAUUAUGCCUACAUUCCACCACCAGGACUUCAGCCGGAGCCUGGGUAUGGGUAUGCCCCCAACCAGGGACGCUAUUAUGAAGGCUACUAUGCAGCAGGGCCAGGCUAUGGGGGCAGAAAUGACUCUGAUCCUACCUAUGGUCAACAAGGUCACCCAAAUACCUGGAAACGGGAACCAGGGUACACUCCUCCUGGAGCAGGGAACCAGAACCCUCCUGGGAUGUAUCCAGUCACUGGUCCCAAGAAGACCUAUAUCACAGAUCCUGUUUCAGCCCCCUGUGCACCACCAUUGCAGCCAAAGGGUGGCCAUUCAGGGCAACUGGGGCCUUCGUCAGUUGCCCCUUCAUUCCGCCCAGAGGAUGAGCUUGAGCACCUGACCAAAAAGAUGCUGUAUGACAUGGAAAAUCCACCUGCUGACGAAUACUUUGGCCGCUGUGCUCGCUGUGGAGAAAACGUAGUUGGGGAAGGUACAGGAUGCACUGCCAUGGAUCAGGUCUUCCACGUGGAUUGUUUUACCUGCAUCAUCUGCAACAACAAGCUCCGAGGGCAGCCAUUCUAUGCUGUGGAAAAGAAAGCAUACUGCGAGCCCUGCUACAUUAAUACUCUGGAGCAGUGCAAUGUGUGUUCCAAGCCCAUCAUGGAGCGGAUUCUCCGAGCCACCGGGAAGGCCUAUCAUCCUCACUGUUUCACCUGCGUGAUGUGCCACCGCAGCCUGGAUGGGAUCCCAUUCACUGUGGAUGCUGGCGGGCUCAUUCACUGCAUUGAGGACUUCCACAAGAAAUUUGCCCCGCGAUGUUCUGUUUGCAAGGAGCCUAUUAUGCCAGCCCCGGGCCAGGAGGAGACUGUCCGUAUUGUGGCUUUGGAUCGAGAUUUCCAUGUUCACUGCUACCGAUGCGAGGAUUGCGGUGGUCUCCUGUCUGAAGGAGAUAACCAAGGCUGCUACCCCUUGGAUGGGCACAUCCUCUGCAAGACCUGCAACUCUGCCCGCAUCAGGGUGUUGACCGCCAAGGCGAGCACUGACCUUUAGAUUCAGUCACCUGUUCAGCCGGCACUGAGAAGAACGAACACAAGAAAAAGAUAAGAAAUACUAGAGUAAAGGCCAUCAAACUACGCGACAGUCUCUGUUCUUCAUCUGCUAUUAACCUUGCCUUAGAAACACAUAAAUUAUGAGAUUUUUUUCAAAAGUUGUUACCAAAUACACAUUUCACAUUGAAUCAUGUAGGAUCUUGAUGGGCCUUUGUUCCCAAGGACUUCCACAUUUUUGCACAGAUUAUGCUCCAUCCCAUUCACUUCUGCAUUCCUGUAACUUUUAAUCCCUAUGUUUGUCUCACUUUUCAUCUGGUUGAAUGGCUUUUUUUAGUGUGGUAUUUGCUGUCACAUGGUUUUUCCUGGGUGAGUCUGCCAACUCACAGGUGCUUUUAGGCUUGAAAUCUCCAUCCUAUCAUUUCUGUUUUGCCUGUGACUGUAAAGAGUAGCCAUUCUUUUCCCAUGUAUUGAAGAGUAUAUUCUUCUCUUGCUUUAUACUACUCAUGUCCUUGGGGAGGGAAAUGCACAAUUUUUUUUUGUUAGGCUGUAAAGAAUUUAAGCUGUAAAUGACAUAAGUUAGAACAAGCCCAAAUUUAAUUUGCAACCAUCAGAAUUCAGAAUCUAUAGUGACCAGUGAUCAAGGCUAAUUGGAAAAGAGUUAUCGGCCCAUAGCUAAUAAGUAGUGACAGACAACCAAGCUUCAAUAUUUUUCUAAAGAAAUUACAGAUGGGAUAUGCUAGGAAAGGCAUUUUGGGGUUAUGUUUAAAAAUACAUUAUUGUCCCACAAUAUUACCUUAAGAUUUUUCUUUUCCACACUACCUGAACAUUGUAAUACAGACAAACUUGAUUUCUUCUAGAAGAUAACAUUUUCAAUACUGUCCCACUUCUCAUCUUAAAAAUAUUGUCAUGUUUAUUCUAAUAUCCAACACAACUAUCAAAAUUGCCUUUUUCUCUAGAGGAUGAAGGCUGUGAAAAAACAGUUCAAAUUCUCUUCUUUUUCUUUUUUACUACCAGGUCCAUUUUGCCUGACAGUUGAAAAUCAGAGCAUACAAAAUAAAACUGUGCAGUUUUGUUUGGUUUACUUUCAAAAGAGUAGAAAGCUUGAAAAGAUUCUGAAACCACAGUUUCAUUAUUCUCAUAAUCCUUCUGCAACUGAAAUUACAUAUUGCAGGAGACAUUUUCAUAUCAUCGAUGUGACAUUUACACCACACUUUCAAAGACAAUCACUGAAAAAAAAUUGUCUUUAUGAGCUAAAAAUAUGCAGAAUCUCUGCCUAGAAUCUUUAUUCAAACUUUUAUUAGCCAGUGAAACACUUGCUUGCCAACUGCCAAGCCAUACUUAUUAAGUUCGAACAUGUUUCACUUAAGGAGAGACACCUAGCUUAGUCAUGGCAAGUUGCCAUUUUGUAAACUAAGGAUUUUGGACUGAGAUUUCUUAAACCUUUCUUCAAAUCUCCCACAAAUAUAUACUUUUAAAUUAUGGAGUAUUUUAAGUCUACAAAAAGGUAUAAAUAAUAAUAUAAUGAAUUCCUAUAUACCUAAUACCCAGUUUAAGACACCAAAUAUAACAAGUAUAAUUACAUCCUCCAAUGUACCGUUUCCUUAUUCCACAGAUAUCUUUUUCAUUAUUGUGAAGUGAUGUUCAGAUUUCUAGUUUUUUUUCUAGUUUUUAAUUUUAACAUCAGAACUGAAAUAAAAAAUUAUGGAUACGUGUUUUGAAUUGCAAACUAUUCCUCAGGAAUUCCAAUUAAAUUUAUUUUACUUGAAUAGGAAUGAUCAUAAAAGUGAUUCUUUUUUUGUGACUAGAAAUUCUUAAGCCGAUGGUCACUAUAGCUCAUCCUUAAUGUAUGGCUCAUUUGCUUUUGUCACUAAACGGUUUUGUGUUAGAACCACCAAAAUUACAGCUUUUAAGAGCUUCCUUUGACCACUGUCUUUUUCUUACCCUACUUCUCUUAUCUUUGAUCGUAUAUUUCUCAUAAUGUGAAAUAUGAUGAGAUUCACUUAGGGGCAGCAUGUUAGUUUUGGGAGGCAAUGUCAACUGUGUCUCUGAAUUCCUGUCUUCCAAAUUGAAGCCAGACCAUGCUGAUGACCUCAAGCAGCACUGACUAUUUGACAAUAGGGCUGAUAAUGUAAUCGGCUUGAAUUUUGACUUAGUAACUUUUUAUGUAAUACUUUCGGAGAAAUUCUCUUUAGGACAAAGCAAAGAGUCCAAUUUAUUGAGGGAUAGAUUGUAUCUCUUAAAGUGGUCAUAUUAUUAUUAAUUUUGCCAAAAGAAGAAGAAUUUAUUGAAUAUUUAUACUAUAAAAUGCAGUAACAUUCUACUUGCUUAUUACAUUUAAAUCCUUGUGUAACUGAAUGUUUACAUGUCAAGAGGAAAAGCUGUAAGAAAAUGCUGUCACAGACCCAUCCCUGUGGCAUCGUCAGCAGAAUACUGCUUGCUUACAAUCUUUAUUAUGCAUUCUUAUAACAUAACCUCAGAGUAUCUUUACCAAAGGUUUUUAAAGUAAAUCUCUUUUUAAGAUAGACUUAUUCUUUUAUAAUAAUGAAUGUGCACUCAUACAUAUGUAGAAAUAUUUAGAUUUAGAGUUUUUUUUUUCUUUCACAAGGUAUAAUAAGGAAAGGAUCCUACAAUAUUUUAUUCUAGGGUUUCUUAAAUAUAUGAUUUAUAUUACUGUCUUUUCUAUUAAUCAUUUGAUUUAAACAAUGCCAAGUCACUCUUUUUUAGUUGCAUGAAAUUUUGCCUGCAACAGAGAGAAAAAGAUUGUAUUACUUUAAUGAUUAUAAUCAUACUGUCUGCUGAUAUAAUACCAUAAUUGUUGUGGUUUAAAUACAUGAAUAGUAGAAAAAUCAGAGUCUAUAACAGAAAGUUUGUAAAAAUAUACUGAUUUUGAAAAGUAUCAAGAAUAUAAAUAUUUGGUAAUUCUGUGUAACAAGAGAGACAUGGAAAAGGAAAAAAAUCCACUGUAUCAUGGGCUCUGCAGAACAUAUCAAAAUAGGAUUUCUUAAAUUUUUCAACCCCCAGACCAUACUGACUCAACAUGGAGUCUCACCGGCAAAGAAAAUUGCCUUUAAAACUCGAAAAUAAGGCCAGGUGUGGUGACUCACACUUGUAAUCCCAGCAAUUUGGGAGGCUGAGACAGGAGGAUUGCCUGAGGCCAGGAGUUUGACACCAGCCUGGGCAACAUAGUGAGACCUUGUCUCUACAAAAAAUAAAAUAAAAUAAAAACCAAAUUAGCCAGACAUGGUGGCAUGCGCUUGUUUAAAAAAAUAAAUAAAUAAAUAAUCGACUCAAAAAUAAGUCAUGUGUCCCAGCAUAAGGCAUUAGGUUGUUAGAUGCUGGCAUCUCUGCAGCUCAAAGAUGUGGGUUCUUUUUCUUGUCAUUAACACAUUGUUAUUUCUGUAGGAGCAACUUCUCUGAUCAAAAUUACUUUUCUGGGUAUGUGCUGAUUAAGGGGGUGGACUUAUCAACACUAUAAUUGUUCCCUAUGAAAGAUUCUGCAGAGAUGUUUAUGGUGAGGUUUAAAGAAUAUGAAACUCUACAUUUAAACAAGUAUUUUAUAUUUGGGUACGGAGGAAGAAAGAGAGGGCUUUUUCCAUGGGGCUAUAGUAGAGAGUUAGUGGAAUAUAGGCAGGACUCUGAAAACACAACUUCCAGCCAUUUUUAUAGUUAGUAAAUAAUCCUAUUAAUGUGAACCAGCCAGGAAUAACAGUGUUAUUUCUAUUUGAUAUGGUUUGGGCUUCUCUUGUCAAAUCUGUGUCGGCUGCCCCCUGAUCCUUCCAUUAUCAAGUUUUGAAGGGUGUUGGGGAAAUUAUGGCAGCUGCUAGGGAGAUCAGGGAAACACUGAUGUAACCUCAAAGCCUCUCACCAUUCCUCUUGGCUUGGAAAGGCUUUAUUUUUUCAUAUACAUUUCUAGAAAUAUUGCUAUUCUACCUUAGUAUUUCACAUUUGUAGUUCAAACAAGCGAUUGUCCAUCUGUUGCCUAGAGCUAUAGUACAUGUGUGUUAUGAAUGAAAUAUGACAGCAUGUUCCAUACCCCUGCUUUAGCCAUCUGUGGGAAACCAGCAAACUGAAAAAGAUACCUCUGCAAAAUGUGCCUCAAGUCCAUUUCUUGGGAUCGCUCGUUUGGUGCACUCUCGUGGGAGACAAUCAGAGAACAACAUAUACUUGUGCCUUAUUUUCAAAGAAUCUAUUUACACUACUAUGAAUAUUCCACUGAAGAGUCAAUGAUGUAAAUGAUAACCACCAAAUCUCAAAAAUAUACUCACCAAAAAGUAAAAAAGUAAAAAAAAAUAAAUAAAGAAAGAAAGAAAGAAAGAGAGAGAAGUCAACUUUUCAUCUUAAUAUAUUCUAGUAGUAUUUAUUUUUUCCUUGUCUUGGAAGUAUCUCAUAGGUCUUUAAAUGAGUAAAACAUUUUUAUGCCAGAAGGUGAUAUAAUGGAUGUUAGUGUUUUUUAUUUGAUUUUACAGUAGUUUUAGUCAGAUAAUGAGGACAGAGACUUCAACUUGAUUCUUUACCACCAUUCAGCCUAUUUUUUAAUUGUCUUCAUUGUAUUUGCUUAAUAGUGGUCCAGACAAGUUCAAAACUUGUUCUCAGUGAGGCAUUAAUAUGGUGCAACCAUGAAUAUUUCAGGCCAAGUUAUUCACUUGACAGAUAACUAGAAUGAAACUUUUCUCAUGAGGCUGUUGUUUGGUUAGCAUAGCCUUAUUUCAAACCUUAAAAAGUUACCUGACUGAAGCUACUAUGACUUGGUAAGGAUUCUUCCUCUCUUGCUUUCUUCCUCCCUUCCUUUCUCCCUCUUCCUUCCUCCUCUUCUUAUUUUCUUUCCUACUUUCCUCUCUCCCUUUCUUUCCUUCUUUCCAUCCUACCUAUUAGUGUUGCUCUACUUGGAUUUUUUGUAAAUUAAAUCAAUGCAUUAUGAUUUUAGGGAAUUAUGAUUAUAUUCAUAAGGGGAAGGCUACCAGAAAAUAUAUGUGGCAUCCAUAAAAUCUUCUUUUAUAGGGGCAUAUUUUUUAGGUUGUAUUUAUUCAUAAAGUGAAAUGAGAUAAUAGAGUCUUUCUGUUUCAUGUUAAUGAAUUUUCAUCAGGGACUGAGGUCAUAGAUUCUUGGAAAAUUCGUUUGUGACUGAUCUAGUUUUCUCAACUGUAUGCAAAGUAAUCUUUCAAAGACUAGGUUAAGAUUUUUUUUUUAAGUCCAAAGCAAUGUAACCACAAAAAAUUAUAUUUUUAAUGAUGGCAUUUUAUUUUAUUCCAUUGCAGCUUGAUAACUUUCCUUAUAGCAAAGGAAUAACUAUUGUAUUUUCAGAAUUUUAACACAGAUUAGCACUUAGCCUGUAAGACUAAUAAUAUAUUGUAAUAGUUGAUACUGAAAUAUUUUUCAGCAGGUUGGACAGCACCAGUUUUUCUUAGAUCACAGACUACAGGCAGAAUUUCCCUUCAAUCCAGAAAAAAGGACACUAAUUUCCUUUUCUAUUUAAUUUUCCUGGCCCUUGUGCAAAAAAUUGUGGACUCUAUCUUAGUUACAACAUGCAUGUCCCUUAUUUUGUGGAGAGCUGUGUGAAAGAUACGUUUUUUUUUCUUUUUUGAGACGGAGUCUCGUUCUGUGCCCCAGGCUGGAGUGCAGUGGCACGAUCUCCUCUCACUGCAAGCUCCGCCUCCCGGGUUCACGCCAUUCUCCUGUCUCAGCCUCCCGAGUAGCUGGGACUACAGGCGCCUGCCACCACGCCCGGCUAAUUUUUUUUGUAUUUUUAGUAGAGAUGGAGUUUCACAGUGUCAGCCAGGAUGGCCUCGAUCUCCUGACCUCGUGAUCCACCCGUCUCGGCCUCCCAAAGUGCUGGAAUUACAGGCGUGAGCCACCGUGCCCCGCGCGUUUUUUUCUUUAGCUGAUUGACAGGUCCCCCUCAAAGUUACAAAAAAAAGUGCUAAUUUUUGCUGUUAAAUUCUGGUUGUUAUUUAACUGACAGAAGUCUCUUGAUGCACGAAUAAAUAUCUCUACAUCUAGCCUUUGUUAAAAAUAAAAAUUAAUAUUCUACAAACACCUACAUAUACUAGAGAGGGGUGAAACACUGCAGCCAAUUCCUUUAUAAUACUUUGAGAUGAUUGCAUUAAGCCUUUCAUGUUAUGUGGCAUUGUUAAUUUUUCCUAGAUACCCAUCCACUUAAGGGCCAGAGAAAUCCUUAUUCAUUUAACUCUGGUGGGCAUUUAUGUAACAUACCCAAAUAAAAACGUUAUUAAACAGCCACAAUCGCAUUCAGUCAACUUGGCACUGAAUGUAGCUUCUAAAUUCAGUUCUCUACCCUACGAAUGGAAUGUUCUACCAAGAAAGAGAAGCAUCACCAUGUCAUCUUGUGUUCUACACCACUAUAGAGAGUUACAGUUGCCCCCAAACACGAAUGCUAUUCCCAAAUAAAAUAGAAUCAUGCUUUGGGAGGCCAAGGCGGGCCGAUCACGAGGUCAGGAGAUCGAGACCAUCCUGGCUAACAUGGUGAAACCCCGUCUCUACUAAAAAAAAAUACAAAAAAUUAGCCUGGCUCAGUGGCGGGAGCCCGUAGUCCCAGCUACUCAGGAGGCUGAGGCAGGAGAAUGGCGUGAACCCGGGAAGCGGAGCUUUCAGUGAGCCGAGAUAGCGCCACUGCAGUCCGGCCUGGGCGAAAGAGUGAGACUCCGUCUCAAAAAAAAAAAAAAAAAAAAAAAAAAAGAAUCAUGGCCCUUUUAAAUAUCUGAAUCUUCUCUGUUAUUUUCCUGAUGAAUUACCAUCCCAUAUCUUCUUAGUCCUGGCCAGUUUGUAGUUGUGCUCACAUACGUCUAUUCUAGCUCUGUAGCUCCACAAAACAAGUCUUAAGUCCAAAUCUUUGCCUCUUCAUGUCUGAUAUCACCAACUCAUUCAGCUUUUCUUCACUUAUUGACAUAGUGUCAUGUCCUAUCACUCUCUGCUGCUUCUUUAAACAGUGGACACAAACAUAUUUUCUAAUUUUCAGUGUACUCAAUGAAACUUGGCAGUUCACCAUGAGUCAGGCUAGGUUGAAAGGCUUUCUUUAGGGUUGAAAGUAAACGAAAUUGGAAUCACCCAAAGAGAAUUUCCCCAAAAAACCUCAGACCCAGAAGUGUAAAAGCUACAGAAGGAUAGAACUCCCAUGUCUACAGACAGUUCUGUUACUCUUUGUUCUGUACUAUUUUGGAUGUUGCCAAAAUCAAAUUCAUCCUGAAAAGAGGAAGCAAGCUAAUGCAUAUGCCAUCCAUGAGAUUCCCACUUCUGGGUCAGUUCAUAUUCCAUUCAACCCUUUCCUUUUAUCCUUGUCUUCUUCAGAAUAAGAAUUUUUCAUCUAUAUUUUCAUAUUAAAUAUUAACACUUUAUAGGUUCUACUUAAAUAUAUGGACACUUUACAGGUUAUACACAAAUAUUUGCUGGUUGAUUGAUUUUGAGAUUCAUUCAUUCUGUGCUCAAAUAUUUGUACCUAGAGACGUUACAUGUUAGAAAAAGUGAGCAGCUUCUUUCUCUAAUCAUUUAGGAGUCCAUAUUUUUCUUUUCUUUUUGUUCUCCCAACAUCCUUAUCUCUUACUCAGCUCUUCAAUUUAUAAUUACCAAAUAAUCACUGUAAGAGAAUCAGCCCCUAAGUAACUUUGAUUCUGGCCAACUGUAAUAAGAUCCAACCACUUCAAUCUGUACUUAAUAGGAAGGAAUGUGACAUCAGGAAGAGUCAUUCCAGUGACAUUAGUAAGACUUUAUGGAGGACAUAAAAUUUGAUAAGAAAUCUUGAGCUGAUUCUUUGAUUUGAUUUAGAAGUUGAGAAAAGAGUAUUUAAGGCACAACAACGGGAAACACGGGCUAUACUCAGAGAAGACCCUCUGCAUUGGCCAAAAUAUCAUGGAUUCUGGAAAUUCUUACUUAACAGAAAAAAGGGGCUUCCAAAUAAUCAGGCUGAAUGGGAAGAAAAAGACAUAGAGGAAGACUGAGGAAGUAUUUACUUGCUUUUCCCAUCUUUUUAUAAUUGGAAGAGAAGAUGAUCUGCCAAAAUAUAACCCAGCAUGCACAGUAUGGACAGGAAGCAGCCCUCCAUGAACUUUAUUAUCACAGAAUAUGAGCAUUCUUAUUGAUCCACAGCUACAUCUUCUAUUCUUGCAGCAAGGAUACAUGUCCUUUGACCCUCCACAAAAGAACAAGCAGGACAUCUCUAUUUUCCUAUUGAGUCUAAGUCCAUUAUUAGAAAGGACUUCCCAGCCAUCUUUUCUACUUGGUAUUAAAAUUCCCUUACAGAUUCAUUGCUAAGUGCCAAUUCUUUUUUUUUUUUUUUUUCUUUUGAGACGGAGUCUUGCUCUGUCGCCCAGGCUGGAGUGCAGUGGCGCAAUCUCGGCUCACUGCAAGCUCCGCUUCUCGGGUUCACGCCAUUCUCCUGCCUCAGCCUCCCGAGUAGCUGGGACUACAGAUGCCCGCCACUGCGCCCAGCUAUUUUUUUUUGUACUUUUAGUAGAGACGGGGUUUCACCGUGGUCUCGAUCUCCUGACCUCGUGAUCCGCCCGCCUCGGCCUCCCAAAGUGCCAAUUCUGACUCUACUUAAACAUCACCUGUGUCAGGGAGCUCAUUAUUCCUUGAAGUCUUACAUUUAUUUCAGCACAUUUUGUUCCAAGCUACCCAUGACUUUAAAACAGAGCCAGCCUUUGGGGCAUAUGUUCUCUUUGGUGCCACACAAAACCUGUAGUACAUGAUACAGUGUUGCUUCCCCCCUCCUUUUCCUUCCAUAUAUAUUUGUUUGUUUCGUUUUGGGCAUUGCAUUACUUUUUUUUAAAAAAGCUUUGAUUAUACGAAUUUUUAAGAAUCUCUAAAAUUAGUCUGAAGGAUGUUCUGAGGGCCAGACAUUAGAAUUUGUGAGUUUUUUUGUUGCUGGUUGUACUUUCCUAUUUAGAAGACAGACCGUUCUGACAGUUGUUGUGUAGCUUCAUGCCUUCCCCAGUAACUAACCCGUGAACAGUACCCCCCUUUUAUCUGACUUGUUGAUAAUGACCUUAAAAAUGUUAGGAAAUGGGCCGGGCGCGGUGGCUCAUGCCUGUAAUCCCAGCACUUUGGGAGACCGAGGCGAGCGGAUGACGAGGUCAAGAGAUCGAGACCAUCCUGGUCAACAUGGUGAAACCCCGACUCUACUAAAAAAAUACAAAUAUUAGCCGGGCGUGUUGGCGGGCACCUGUAGUCCCAGCUACUUGGGAGGCUGAGGCAGGAGAAUCACCUGAACCCAGGAGGCAGAGGUUGCAGUGAGCAGAGAUUGCGCCACUGCACUCCAGCCUGGGUGACAGAACGAGACUCCGUCUCAAAAAAAAAAAAAAAAAAGUUGGGAAAUAUUGGUGUAUAAUCCCCAUGUCUAACAAGGAAGAAGUCAAAAGCAAAAGAUAGUGGUACUGCUGAAAACUCAUUAUUUCUAGUUAGUUCAUCUGUGGAAAAGGAUAUCAUUCUUGAGGAGAGGGGUUCUAUUAUGCUAUAGUUUUCUAUGGAAAUGUACAAAUGCUUUCCUCAUUGCUCUGGAUGACUAUUUAGUUUAAAUAAUAUACCUUUGUCAUGGGGAAGACCGUGAUUGUGGCUUCUUCUACCCCAGCUUUGAAUGAGAGAACACUGUAGGCAGAAACUGCCAUCAGUCUCCCGGGCAGGACCUGGAGGUAACUUUCUGAGCUGUAAAAUAGUAAUUCCUAAGAGAGCUUACAAACUGCUUCCACACAGAAAAUAGCGCAGGGAGGACAGUUAUUAGUACCCCUAUUCUAGAAGAGAACGCUGAGGCUCAAGCCAUUAAGUGACUUGCCAAAAGCUAUGACAUAGCUGGGAAGUGGCAGAUUUGGGGAUAUAACUGGGUCUUGCAAGUCCAGUGCUGUCUCCAAGUAGCCACGCUCACGGCUGAGAACACCUUAGAGGACAAUAUCGACUUCUCACAGACUACCAAGCCCCCAGUCAUCCAGGGAAAAUCAGAGACCAAUUGACUGCCAGGUGGCAAGUCCACAUGUGUACUGCGGUCUUAGAGAUCAUUUAGAGCUUGCACACAUCUGUGUCUUCUUGGGGGAAACCUCUAGGUAUUCUGUCUGAUCAGCACUGUGAGGAAGUUGGUGGGAAAAGGCCACUAAUAAGAACAAACAACGGGCAGAAGGAAACACAUUGCAAUAAAUUUCCCCAGAGAGAGUUCCUUUACAUUCCAUUCACCAAAAACCUCUCUGGAACUGUCAGGUUCAGAAUAUCAACCAAGACCAUAUCAUUUAGAAUUCAUUGGCAUGCAGAGGUGACUCGAUUCCUAAAAGAAGCCUCUCUCCCGUGAACCACGAUGUACGUUCCACAGAGGCAGAAACCGCCGUAGGUUGACAAUGCAUUUUAGUCUUUCUCUCCAUUCACAUUUACUGAGAGCACACCACGUGCAUGUUGCCGCAACAGGCAUUUCCGAUAGAGCCAAUCCAUGAGCUAACAAUGUCUGAAAACAAAUGUUAUGGAACUGUUGGCAUUUCUGAGAUUUGGCCUUUGCCAUUUGAUAGACUUUGCUUCCCAGGAUGCUGUCAUUUUGUGAUUUAUUAUAAUUACAAGGAAUUUGGUACCAUGUUGUUUUCAAAAAACCUUCUAGAAAGUCUCCAUGUAUGCUCUGGAAGUUGCUCUACAUAACAGUUCAGCAAGCGAGUGUUCCUUCUCUUGAGCUGCGUCCCUCAGGAAGCUGUACUUUUAGGGUGUGCUUUCCACUUUUUAUUUCCUCUCAUUUCACUCCUUUCGUUGUUUGCUAUACCCUAAAAUAUGUGAAGUGAGAGAAAAAAUAUCAUUUCUUCUCAUUAAAUCUCCUGCAUUAAAUCUAAGAAUCCUUUAAAAUAAUCAUACCUGAUAAGUGUUUUAUGCAUUUCCCUCCCUGGAGUGUUAUCAUCCAUCAAGCCAGUGUCAUCAUCCACCUGCUUAUUCCCUGGGACUAAUGAGAGCCAAGUUAAAUAGCAAAUGACUUCUCACCCCUUCCUAGUCCUCACGCCUGAGGAAUAAGGGCGACAUUAAUGGGAGCAGGAGAGUGGUGGCUUUGGUUGAGAUGCACGUUCACAGACUAGAAAAGUGCCUCACCUCCAUGGUGUAUAUGUGCCACCUUUUCUUAAUCCACUCUGUCGUUGUUGGACAUUUGGGUUGGUUCCAAGUCUUUGCUAUUGCGAAUAGUGCUGCAAUAAACAUACGUGUGCAUGUGUCUUUAUAGCGGCAUGAUUUAUAAUCCUUUGGGUAUAUACCCAGUAAUGGGAUGGCUGGGUCAAAUGGUAUUUCUAGUUCUAGAUCCCUGAGGAAUCUCCACACUGACUUCCACAAUGGUUGAACUAGUUCACAGUCCCACCAACAGUGUCAAAGUGUUCCUAUUUCUCCACAUCCUCUCCAGCACCUGUUGUUUCCUGACUUUUUAAUGAUUGCCAUUCUAACUGGUGCGAGAUGGUAUCUCAUUGUGGUUUUGAUUUGCAUUUCUCUGAUGGCCAGUGAUGAUGAGCAUUUUUUCAUGUGUUUCCUGGCUGCAUAAAUGUCUUCUUUUGAGAAGUGUCUGUUCAAUACUGUGCAGCCAUAAAAAAUGAUGAGUUCAUGCCCUUUGUAGGGACAUGGAUGAAACUGGAAAUCAUCAUUCUCAGUAAACUAUCGCAAGGACAAAAAACCAAACACCGCAUGUUCUCACUCAUAGGUGGGAAUUGAACAAUGAGAACACAUGGACACAGGAAGGGGAACAUCACACUCUGGGGACUGUUGUGGGGUGGGGGGAGAGGGGAGGGAUAGCAUUAGGAGAUAUACCUAAUGCUAAAUGACAAGUUCAUGGGUGCAGCACACCAGCAUGGCACAUGUAUACAUAUGUAACUAACCUGCACAUUGUGCACAUGUACCCUAAAACUUAAAGUAUAAUAAUAAUGAAAUAAAAUUAAAAAAUAAAAAAAAGAAAAGUGCCUCACCUCCCUGUGAGGCUUGAUGAAUAUUAUGGCCAAUGAGUGGAAAAUGAUUCUUGUCAAAUAGACGGAGUAUUCCCACCCCAGGAAUGGAUUAAUAGAAGACACAAUUUGAGCACUUCUCAGAAUUAUCUAGUAUGCCUGAGUAGAGACUCACAUGGGUGGAAUCUGUGUUGUCUCAUCAGAGGGAAUAAAAAGACAAUGAGGUGGUAAAUGUGAAAAAAGCAGCCUUUUAGAAAAACAUUAUUUUCAAAUACCUUUAUAAAUCAUCUAAUUUGUCUUCACAAAAUAUAAAGAAAAAACUAAUAAAAAUUUUCUUAUUUCACUUUACAUAAUAUAUUCUCCCAUAUUUAGGGAUCAUACAAAUGUAUUGUCUUCAAAACACACACACACACACACACACACACACACACACACCCCUUCCAAGAAAGCUGAUCCUUCAAAAAAUAAAUCUUAUUUUUAAGCACUUGGGUUUUCAGGCCAGAAAAUUAAUAAAUCCUAUACCUGACCCAUUUUUGUAACAGCUAAAAAGGAGAAGAAAAAGCUAGUUAAAUUUUGUGUGGAUCCAUUUAUCUCUUAAAAUAUGCCAAAGCAAUUUGAGUUGGGGGUGGAAACAGGUAUUUAUCUCUCAUGCGUGAUUCUCUCUUUAUAUUUAUAUCUGUUGGGAAAAGGAUAAAGAACUAUUCUUGGUCAUUAUUGAUGUAUUGUGUUGCCACUUUGUAUGGUGCCUGCUGUGCUUUAUCCCGAGGCAUAGCAGUAAUCGUUACUUUCUUGACUCUUUCCUUCAUCACAAGAGAGUAAAUAUGAAGUCUGAAUGUCGUUCCUCACCCCCAAAUUGUUUAACUCUGCUUCCAAACUAGUUUAAGAAAUGCAAAAUGGGAAGAGCUAGCUUUUCUUAGAUACAUUUCUUCCUUUUUUAUUCUUUCUUGGGAGACGUUAAGUGUAAAAGGGAAAAAGUCAGUUCCUUCUUCUCUCUCUUUCUCUUUGGGUAACAGCAGUGCUCACUUAGUAAUUAUAAACCGGAAAUAGGAGAGUAGCUUGGGCAGGUUAUGCUAUAUCUGCCCAAUGUGUUUCAUUCCUUCAAACAUAAACUUUGAGAGGAAAAGAGAUUUUUAUAAUUUAAAUGCCAACGACAGGAAUGGCCUCAUGUUUUAACUUUCAAAUAAUAAAUGGGGAGUUGGUAUUUGGGCAGAGUUUGCAUUUUACUAAUCCUAUAUACUUUGAGCUUAGUUUUUAGAAUUGUGUCAAAUACAUCAACAUAUCAGGAUUAUAGUGCCAAAAAUAGUUAAAGUGCCUUGGUCCUCCCUCUGUAGGUAGCAAAUUGAAACUAACAUGGGACCAUGCCAUCCUUCUAGCAUAAUGGAGAAGUCUGAACUGAGGAGUAUCUUUGAUGAAAGACAUUUAGGACCCUAGAAACUAAAUCUUGUCACCAAGACUUUAUAGUAAAGUAGUAGCAAAAUUAUUUUUAAAAGACUUUCUUCCUUUUACUACCCAUUUCCUCUCUUGGGAAAGUUGAUGAGCAAAUUAUCCAAGACUCAUUUCUUUAUUAGGCAAAGUCAGAAUAUUUCUCCUCUGAAAAUCUGAAUUAUGCCCUCAUUCUUUUUCAAGAAAUAUCUCAAAGAGCAAAUAGAAUUAAACAUGACACUUGAUUGUCUGAUUAUUUGGCAUGUAUAAAAUUAUCAUGUGGCUUAAUGUGCCUUAAGUGAAAAUUUAAACUUAGACAUGAAACCUUUACAGUUGGAUGUAGCGUUGAGCUUUUGCAUGUUUUCUGUAUAAUAAACCACUUUUGUUUUGUUUGUUUUGUCUUUUAACCUACACCUUUAUCAUUACUCUAACAGAUUUAGGGUUUCUCUUUCUCUACAGCUAAGUAAGGGAAUAUGUGCAAUUAUGAGACAUACAAAAAAGGAAAGGGAAAGGACUUUCUAAGUAGCAAAUUUGUGCCAUGAAGUAGAUGUGGCGUGAAGAUACAGAGCCUGAGGAUAGUAAUUUUCCCUGUGCCGCGCACACAGGCUUUUAUUUCAUGCCUUUUCUCUUUCUGUGCCGUCACCUUUGAGAAAAACGAUUGCACCUUCUCCAAGUCUGCCUUUUUAACAGCUACAGUUGAGUUGGCAAGACUUCCCCAGCUCUGAAUAUAGCCAUUUGCCGACUCCGGCCUCUUUGCGAGACUGACUCAAAUCUGUGAUCUUCUGUUCAGCAUACACAUCAGCAAAGUGAGAAGAUGAGCACUAAAUAUAGGCUCUAUUAACUUUACUUUUAGAUUUACUGCCUUCAAAAAGUGCCUAUUCUGAGCAACAUAAACGUUAUUCCUUACAUAUGUAUGUACACACGGUACCCAGAGUCGUACUGUGCAGCCUUCAAAAACAUACCAUCAGAAAGAGUAGGUGCUGAGAUAAGGAAACUUUGCCAAAUGAAAGAAAGUCACUCACUUCCAAUAUCCCCUCUCAAGCAGCUACCGUGAAACGGGCUGCAAACACAUUCCCUGAGCAUCCCUUGCUGAUACAGCUUCUUUAUAUUUAUAUCCUACUGGAUGGUAGCAUAUUGCUAAGGUUUCCUGUACUCUGCUUCAAGGGAAUGUAAGCUUUAUGGCAUUGAAGCAUUUAGGGGAAAAAAAGAUGUUUAAGAGAAUUAAUAGAGCCAUAGUCUGUAUUAGGAUGUGUGUCAUAUGUGUGUUCUGUAAACUAAGCAUCGGUGGGUUUAGAGUGUUAAAGUGUCAGCACAUUCCUUCUCCUUUUGUCUCUCAGGCUAACAUGAGAGAAAAUAGAAAAGUCUUGGCUGUGGGGAUUGGAAGCUCAGGGGGCCAAAUGUCCUUGCCAGAUCCUUAGAGCAUUACUUUGACUCCUAAAAAUAGUAGUGUAUGUUAUUUGAUGGCUUUUGUUUCCAUAGUUCCAUCACCGACAAAACUGUCAAUACUGUUGAUGGAGCAGCAGCAUAGCCUAGAGUGAUGCAUUCUUACCCAGAGGUGGCAAUAGGAGAGGGUCCAUGUAAAUAGGACGAGGUAGACAGUGCAUGAUUGUAGGAGAAGGGUUGAAGGGAGGACAUGAUUCCAAAAAAGAUCGUUCUCAAUGUGUCGUCUGACUCAACCAGCUGGCAGAUUACACUUGCCAAGUCGUUCCCUUUCCUUCUAAGUCAGUUGGCUCCAUAUUCACUCGAAUAUGCCUCUGUUUGGGCAAAGCAAGAUACCUCCACUUAACCUUUAUCCAAGGAAGCUCUUGGUGUCCUCUUGGUCGUAAAGUUGUCUCCUACCUAACCCAGUUUUACCAAAUGGAAGUAAAAGGGGACAAACUAUGGAAGAUGGACUCCAUGCCAUUGCAGUCAGCCACCAUUCUCUUUUCCAUAUAAGGAGCCCCAUUACAUAAGCUACGGGUGAGGUUGGAGCAGCUAUGUUUCAUAAUUUCAAGAGUGUGACCACCCUGCUCUAGUCAUCAUCAUUGGAUGAAUCCAGUUGACUCUUUGGCAAAAGGGUGAUACUUUUCACUAAAAAUGCCUACUCUUCCUGUUGAUGUUCCUUUUCUGUUUUUACCUUAUCCAAUUUCCACACUAGUCAUUUUUUUAUUUUUUAGAGGAUCAGAUUUUAGCAGUAGAAAAUGAGUUCAAAAAUUUCAGUGUAAUGUCAUAAGGAUGUUGGGAUACAGAGAUUUUUUUUUUCCUUGGAAACAAAUGGACUGGGAAGAAACACAGCAUGGCUUUGCUCUGAGUUUCAAUCUGAUGAUUAUGACCAUGGAAGAUAGUCUUAUGUAAAGGUUAAAUGGUGUUUACAAGUGGAUAGAUAAGGCAGAGAUGGUGAGAAGCCGGGUUUUCUCUAUGCUAAAUGUGUCUACUAAGAGCAGCACUUCCUACUAGCUAAGCACAAUCAUAGCCCCACCGUGAUGAGCUGCUAGUCUGAAUAACAUUCCCUGACUUAGGGAAAGGCACACAAAAACAUAUAAGGAAUAUGUCUAUUUUCAUAUGUGUGAUACUGACAGAGCCAUGGUAUUCCUAAAAUAUAGGUUUCUCUUUUUUCUUGUAUUCUUAGCAAAUUGCAUUUAUUCACUACAUUACAAACCAUCACUGAUGUAUCCAAAAUAGCACACAUAGUUCAGUAUGAAAAUAAGAGAAUAAAAUCUGUUAUAAGCAAGUGAUUUAGGUAUUUUCUUUUGUGUUUAUGCAUUAUCUGACUAUAUUAAAACCUGUUUUUCUAUUUACCUUCUAUCAGUUUUCUCUCCCAAUUAUGUUUUUUCGAUGCUCUAUAAGAAUGAAUAUGGAAAUUAUAUUUCUUUUUUCUGUAAAAGAGUUGCAACUACUUUAUUAUAUUUAGAAAUCCAAUAAACUUCUUAUUACAUUUA